AUGUCGGCCAGUGCAUCAGACUCCUCCUCGGACUCCGAGUCGGAGGCCUCCCAGAAGCGUUCCCGCGACAAGAAGAAAGUCCCAGUCUGGAAGUGCCCGCGGAGCUAUCCGCAGCUCCAUCCCAGCCUCGAAGGGCACCUCUACGGUCGGCCCAGCCGCAUGGGGCCAUCGAGAUACGACCACGCCGAGAUGGUAGUCGGCUCACGGAGCUGGUACGAGGCCAACGGCAACAGCUUCAAGCGCCACGCGCUGGAUGCGGGCCGCGGCCAGUGGGUUCCUCACGCCCGAGGCGCAGUUCACGGCACUCCGGGAGGGGACUUCCCGCGCUGGCCGGAAUGCAACCAACAGCAAAGCCGGCGGCGGAAGCACGGCUUCGCAACGAAGGCCGCACUGAUCCUGGGGAAGACGAGGAGCAGCUGGGACAGCUUCCAGGAUCCCAAAGGUCCUGCCAAGGAGGAGAGCCUCCUCAGCCUUAAAGGGAGCCGGAGCCUACCGGACAUCGUGACGGGAGAGGUCCCGUACCCGCCGUCGCCAUGCUUCAUCCGGGACUACAUGCAGCGUGCAUGCCGGCAGCCGUAG